GUGAUAUUUGAGUGAAUGUGUCUGAAAGCUAAAGCGGAAUUACGGAAGAGUGAUCCAUCUCGCUUCAGGGCGACACUUCCGGGUGUGCUCUCCCGUUUAUUUCCUGACUCGGUGAACCUGACAGCCGCCGUUGUCCACGACCAAAGACCGCUGAGGGUUGCAGUCAUGUCGGCAGCUGCUCCGGGGACCAGCAAGGCAGCUCACAGCGAUGUGGCCCCGAAGAAGAAGAAAGGACCCGGUGCCCUGGCUACGGCCUACUUGGUCAUUUACAACGUUGUUAUGACAGCGGGGUGGCUGGUGAUAGCUGUGGGUUUGGUCAGAGCUUACCUGGCCAGAGGAAGUUACCAUGGGCUGUACUACUCCAUAGAGAAGCCUCUUAAGUUCUUUCAGACUGGAGCUAUCCUGGAGAUACUGCACUGUGCUGUGGGAAUUGUACCAUCCUCUGUUGUCCUGACCGGAUUCCAGGUCAUGUCCCGGGUCUUCCUCACGUGGGCCGUCACACACAGCGUCAGGGAGGUGCAGAGCGAAGACAGUGUGCUACUAUUUGUCACAGCCUGGACCGUCACAGAGAUCAUCCGCUACUCUUUCUACACCUUCAGCCUCCUCAACCACCUGCCAUACCUCAUCAAAUGGGCAAGGUACACCUUUUUCAUUGUGCUGUACCCCAUGGGAGUGACUGGGGAACUGCUGACUAUCUAUGCAGCCCUGCCAUAUGUGCAGAAGACAGGCCUGUACUCUGUCACUCUCCCCAACAAGUACAACUUCUCUUUUGACUACUACACCUUCCUCAUCUUAAUCAUGAUCUCCUACAUUCCCCUCUUCCCCCAGCUUUACUUCCACAUGAUACGACAGAGAAAGAAGGUGCUGGGCCAUGUAGAGGACUACAGCAAAGUGGAGUGAGCUGAAUAGUAUUCAGACAGAUCUCAUUGAGGGGGAAAAGAAACCAAAACAACCAAGAGAAGAGGAACUAAAUCAUGUCUGCUUAUUGACACACUAAACCAGUUUUCAAACUGCCAGAACUGACCUGGCAGAUGAUCCAUUUAUCAAGCAACAUCAUUUUUUUCCGGCUGUUGUCUGGGUUGUAUAGAUGCUCACAAAUUAUGAAUGAACUGGUGUUAUUUAUUUUUUUUCUUUUUCCAAUGAACAAACUGCAGUUAAUUUUGUAUAGUCAGAGAGCUUGCAGCUACUAAGGAACUGUAUUUUGACUUGGAUACAGUUGAGCUGCUAACUAACCAGUGAGCAGAACUCAUUCACAGCAUUGAACUAAUUCAUGUACGAAUAGAAUCAGUAACCUCCUUUCCAAAAGACACUAUAAAAAAGCCCAAAUAGAUUUCUCACUUCCCUACGUCUCAUCUUUUUUAAUAAGCAGUUUUCCUUUACUACACUGUAGAAAGUAUAAUGUGAAGACUUGUGUUACAACUAGGUUGUCUGUAGGUUUUGCAUCUACAGUGUGUUUGUUGGUGCAAACCGUGGUCCAGAUUUUUUUUUCUUUCAUUCAUUUCAGUCAAAAGCUUGACUACAUUCCUAAUUUAGUCCAAUAAACCUUUUUUUCAUUCUGUG